AUGCCGGCUGUUGGCGAAGUCAUUCCGCCGCGGCCGGACCAGAUCAACAAAACCGAGUCGGAGACAUAUUCGAUUACCCCUGUCGGUGAUGGCAGGAACUGGAACCCCUUCAAAGACACGAUGUUUGGGGGGAUGGGUUUGAAAUCGGCGAGUAGAGGGAAGAGGUGGCCACCUGCGCAAGAGCCUCUUCAAGCAGCGAGGAGACAAAUGGAAUUUGAACUCGGAGCAAAUCUGAAUCAGCUUUCAACAAGACCGUCCGCAGAGGCCGAGAAUAUCUUGACCGGCGCAAGAGGCCCCGCUGGCGGAGGAGCAAAGAAGCGGAGCGAAUCGACAGGCCCCCUUGCGUCCAAGUCAAAGCCAAUGUGCAGGAUGGAUCCUCUACCGGCUCGGCGCUCAGAAUGCUUCCGGUGUGGCCACACCUUCACGCUUACAAGCAUCAAAACCACUACCACCCCGGACGGCGGUCUGGUCUGCAAGAGGUGUUUCAAGGAACGUAAGAAAGCUACAAAGAAAUUGGGUCAACACAAAGGAAGUCACGGGCAUAUCUCAACUUCAGCAGGCGCUGCUGAUGAAAGGCACACACGGGAAUCCACCGACAGUGGCCUGGGGGACGAGUGCGAAGGGCAACGUGAUGGCAAUGACCACGCUCGAGACGAGGUGUCCUCGAGCGAUGGUUACGCCCCAGAAGAAAUGUCCUCAAGCGAUGGCAGUGCUGCAGACGAGGUGUCCUCGAGCAACACGUGCGACUCCGAAACCUCGAGCGGAGCCACGCUCAAAACGUCUCCACGACCUCAUACCGAUGGCGGUGAAUACGAGAUUUCCCGAGAUGAAGUGACGAAGCUGCGGAGAGAGAACGCACGGCUCCGCAUGCAAUUGGCCGAUGCGCUCGAUUCGUACGCCGCCUCUGCUCGCAGAGAAGCAAGCCUGUUGAGGCAACUGAGCAGGUACGAAGGAGCUGGAGAGGGUGCUGGAGAGGCUCAAAAUCACGCGGAAGUGAAGGACGAUGACGAGGAACGAGAAAAGGAAUGA